AUGAUUAUCUACGCAUCUGGCACGCAAUGUGACUUUUUGAGAGCAGAAAGUAUCUUCUCACAAUUCGCGAACAUUAAACGGCUACACUUCACCGGUCUUCAAUGUCCUUUCAGAGAGCUUUCAUCUGUGAACCAAGUGCAAUUACAUUUCAUCAGAUCACAGGAACGAAUUAUAAAAGAUGUGGAUUUUUCGACCCGCAAACCACAGCUCAUUCAUUUGUCUGACCUGGCAAAAUUGGAAGUGGUUGACAUUUGUUGUGGACUACUAACAGGUUAUGCGGAAGCCCCCUUGCUUCAAAACCUCACCAUACUAUGUCCUGAGUUGCAACUGGAGAUUGACGGUACGCCGGACGCAAUUCCGAUUCUCGACGAUAAGACGGGAUUCUUGCAUAUUCAAGCUCCUUUGUUACGACGUGUGGAAAUCCAGGAAAGUUCCGUCAGUUUUUUUCCCACUGCAAGCGUCAGUAAUCUACCCGCUCUACAUUCCCUAUUUAUAAAGUCUUGUGAGUUUUGCCGACAAACUCCCAAAUCCAUUCCCCAUGCUUCUAAUCUCCCAGCCCUAUCGGCACUCGUAUCUUAUCGGGAGAGUCCUAGUCUCCUGCCCAUGUCGCUGCGUCUGAAAACAGUCUGUGUGCAGAUGGGUUCCUCUCAACUACAUUUCGUACGCCUUCUCAAUCCUCCGGCAGCAGGAAUGCGUUGUGCCUCUUUGUGGCAUUGUGAUGCCUGCGGUCUCUCUGAAAGUGAGGCGGACAUCAUUUACAAGGGGAUAGUCUCGACCAACAGAUCCAACUCGCUGACUUUUUUAGCACCCUUCCAGCUCGGAAAUGACGAUGAGCUCUACCAGAACCCCGUCUUAACCGGAAGUCGACGUCAAACUGUAGAAAUAUUCCUCCGCUCCCCCUCCGAAACUCCUUUGAGCACUAUUCUCCCUGCAGUAGCUGCACUUAAUACCACUGAUCUCGAAUUGUCACACUCACCAGUGCUGAUACUGGAAGGCAAAUAUCGCACCUUCAAGUGGUUGGACGAGCGAGCAGAGAAAUUACGGGCCGGUCUGCGCUGUCAUCGAGUCCUCGACCUCAAGAGAACCGACUUAGGGACCGUGGAGAACAGGUGGAUGAGUCAAAUCACCGACUUCACCUGUCGAACUUCGGCUUCUGCUGCGGUGAGUUUAGUAGCGGGAGAAGAUUCGCAACCGUGA